AUGGAGCUGGCCACAUCCCAGCCACCUCUGCUUCCAGGAACUUCCUCCACCUACAGGGACCUGAAUACACCCCUUGUGCUGGCUGAGUCAUCUUGUAGCCAGCUAGCCCUGAGGAAGAAGACUCCUGUCCAGUGGGGGGACAGGGCCAAGGUUCAUGCUGGAAGCAAAGCAGCCCUGGCUUCCCUGUGCCCAGGUGACCUGAUCCAAGCCAUCAACGGCGAGAGCACAGAGCUCAUGACACACCUGGAGGCCCAGAACCGUAUUAAAGGCUGCCACGAUCAACUUACACUCUCCGACAUCACCCUUCUCCCUCCUUUGAGCCCUAAGCCUAAACUCUCCUGUCCCUGGUUCCCAGGCACGGAGUCAGGAGGACUGAUAGGCAGACAUAUCUCACAACCUAAUUCCUGCUACAGGCCUGAGAGCAAGAACUGGACCAGUGCCCUUGAUGACAAGGCUCAAGCACAUAGGAUCCACAUUGACCCUGAGUCCCAGGAUGGCAGUCCAGUGACCAGCAGGCGGUCCUCAGUCUCUGGGAUUGGGCUGGAUGACAACAGAUCAGGCCUGGGAUCUCCAUAUGGUCAGCCACCUCGCCUUCCAGUCCCUCACAAUGGCAGCAGCAAUGAUAUCACCCUGCCAGCCCAGAUGAGCACUCUGCAUGUGUCUCCACCUCCCAGUGCUGACACAGCCAGGGUUCUUCCUCGGAACCGGGACUGCAGGGUGGACCUGGGUUCAGAGGUCUACAAGAUGUUAAGGGAACCAGCAGAGCCAGUGGCCUCAGAACCCAAGCAGUCUGGAUCCUUCCGCUACUUGCAAGGCAUGCUAGAGGCUAGCGAAGGUGGGGAGCGGCCUGGGUCUGGUGGUCCCAGGAACCUCAAGCCAGCAGCCAGCAAGCUGGGUGCUCCACUGAGUGGCCUGCAGGUGCUACCAGAGUGCACGCGCUGUGGCCACGGAAUUGUGGGAACCAUCGUCAAGGCAAGGGACAAACUCUACCAUCCUGAGUGCUUCAUGUGUAGCGACUGUGGCCUGAAUCUCAAGCAGCGUGGAUACUUCUUCCUAGAUGAACGGCUGUACUGUGAGAACCACGCCAAGGCACGAGUCAAGCCACCAGAGGGGUAUGAUGUUGUGGCUGUGUACCCCAAUGCCAAGGUGGAACUCGUCUGAGCUGGAAAAUCUUGCUCUCCCCUGCUUCAUUUAAUGUCCCCUAGUGGCCCGUGUAAAUAUAUGUCCUCCUGGCCUCUCUAAUAAAGUCCCUCUGCUUGCCCUAGAA